UUUUUUCUCCUAGAGACUCGUUGUAUUUCUUGCUUGCACGAAUCUGUCAGUACCCGGAUACGGCGUGGGGGUCGGUGCAAUUGGACGUUUUGUAAAUCGUUGCAAGUAGUUUUUUUCAUGUUAAUUUUCUCAUCAUGUGUCCAUGAAUAAUUUUCUGAGUUGUUGUAAGUAUAUUUGUCUCGGUUAGAUCGGAGGGUUUUGUUAUUAUAAGUACGGGAAUGGUUUAAUAACCCACACCCACAGCACGGUUCACUCUCGGUAGCUCCAGCUUCUCCCGGUCUUACCAGGUGGCUUCAACUUGCGCAGUCUGUCGCUAAACAUGGCAGGCGGGUUGAAAGUGGGAUUCGUGCGGCUCAUGCACUAUUUGCAGGACCCUCAGCACGUCGCGCGUUUUCAGCAGCUAUGCGGGGUGCGCGGAACCGACACACGUGACAAACUCAGUAACGGGGUACCAGGCACUCGCCACGGGGAUGUUCAGAACGGAGGCGGGGAUGCCACCCGCCGUAGACCAGCAGGAGCAGAGACCGACAGGGAGAAACGCAAUAACAGCCUGGCGAACGGAGCUGCGGGAGAAAACAUCGCACGGGAUAACGGGGACGACGCUCAAGGAUCCGCGGUGAAGCCGUUGCGCAGAAACUCUCUCACCGGAGACGUCGGGCAGGAGUUCAUCAUUGAGAAUAAGUUUCUCUUCUACCUGUUCACGCUCGGUACCGAGCUCGGGAACGAGCUUUUCUACAUCUCAUUCUUCCCGUUCUUCAUGUGGAACGUGGACGCUUAUGUGAGCCGCCGGCUCGUCGUGGUCUGGGUAUGGGUCAUGUAUCUCGGCCAGUGCACGAAAGAUGUGAUCCGGUGGCCGAGACCUGCCUCGCCCCCGGUGGUAAAGGUGGAGAUGUUCUACAACUCGGAGUACAGCAUGCCCUCUACCCAUGCCAUGUCCGGUACCGCCAUACCCUUGUGCCUGUUCCUGCUGACCUACUGUCGAUGGGAGUAUCCUCUGCUGCUGGGUCUCUCUCUGGCCAUCAGCUGGUGUGUCCUGGUGUGUUUGAGCCGAAUAUACAUGGGCAUGCACUCCAUACUGGACAUCAUUGCCGGUUUCCUGUACAGUUUGCUGAUUGUAGUGGUCUUCAGUCCUGCUCUGGAAAUCAUUGACACCUUCAACUGCACCCAUCGCUACGCCCCGCUGAUCAUCAUCUCACUUCACGUGGGUCUGGGCCUCUUCUCCUUCACCUUGGACACCUGGAGCACAUCACGCGGCGACACCGCCCAAAUCCUGGGCUCUGGGGCGGGUAUCGCCUUGGCAUCCCACGUCAACUACCAUCUGGGCCUAUUGCCAGACCCACCUGCAUCGAUGUUGCCUCUGCAGCCCCCAUCUUUCACCCUCGGCCUGAUUGGACUCUGUCUACUCCGCUUCCUCCUGGGCGUCCUCAUUCUCCUGGCUACCAGAGCCGUAAUGAAGGCUCUCACCAUCCCGCUCGUCUGCUGGCUCUUUGGGAUUCCAAGCGGUGAUGUUCGGAAGGCCAGGCAGCACAUGGAGGUGGAAUUGCCGUAUCGUUAUAUCGUCUACGGAACCGUAGGGUUAAAUGCGCUUUUCCUUGUGCCUUUCCUGUUUGCACAAGUGGGUCUGUUGUGAUUGGGUGAAAGAACCAUCCAUCUUUCUGGCCAAUAAGAGCCCAUUUGGACUGCAGAGGCCCUUCCCUUCAAAUCAAUGAUUGGAUGGAACUAAAGCCAGUCAUGUAACACUGUGCUGCACCUUCCAGAUGUUCCUCAAAUAUGUUUUCCAUCAUUCAGUUUUAGCAGAUUUAGGUCCAUUUUCUAUUCAAAAAACACGUUUGGUGUUGAUUCAGAGAUUAUGGCCCUUUUCUAAGCAGUUUGCAUUGCAUGUAAACGACAGUAGCAUGUCUAUUCUCAUCUAAAAUCUUAUUGUAAACGUAUCUACCCUAUAGGGCUGGUUAUAUUUUUCUCAAGCAAUAUAGCAGUUUUGCUAAUUAUCAUAAACAUUAGAGAAAUUCUGACUAAUCUUUUGAUGAGUUUUGUUCAUGCCACAGUAGGACGACUCAAACUCUUGCAUCAAGAGUUGACUGAAAUCUUUCUUGCGAAGGUGUGACUCAUGCAAAUCUCUGCGAUGGAUCCUGAAGCUGACGCCAGCUUUUAUUUCUUGUUUGCAAUGUCAAAUCUGAAAUCUCAAAUGUCAAAGCAUGAUGGUUAGUGGUUGGGUGCAGCGUUGAUCUUUGAGGUCCUUUUGUUGCAGUUUAUUGAGAUGUUUAGUUCCGAAUCGAAAGCAGGUUGGACUGUUUCUCUGAAGACCUUUAUAAUGAUACAUGGAGACGCCUUAAAGGGCUAUUUCACACAAAAAUGACAAUUGUCAUCAUUUACUCAACUCUCAUGUCAUUCCAUAAUUGACUGACCUUCUUCUGUGGAACACAAAAGAAGAUAUUUUGAUAUUUUGGUGAUAUUUUGGUUCCCAACGUUCCUGAAAAUAUCAUCUUUUGUGUUCCACAGAGAAGCAAAAUCAUACAAGUUUAGGUGAAUAAAUAAUGAUAGAAUUUACAUUUUUGGGUGAACAAUCCCUUGAACUGACCACUCAAGAACCAGUUUCUCUAGGCAUUUAAAUGAUGAUGCACUAGUGAUUUAUUUUAAUAUUGAAACAGUUUAUGUUCUUAGAUUGAAUACAUGUCUGGAUCAUAACCAGAAUUAUUCUUGAUCUUUUUAUAUCUCAGUCUACUUUUAUUUCCUGUAAUUUGCUGCUUAGACAUGGUACUAUGUGUGUAUGUAUGUAAAUAUGUGUGAUUUUUAUUGUUUGCAAAGAAAAGCGGCAAUGCUUUCCCUUCUAGCAUCUAGCUGUUUUUUUUUUCAGUCAGGUUGAAACAAGUAAAUGUCAGGUUUGCCACUAAACAUAUGAAUAAUUCAAGCUGCCUUUUGAUAGUCAAGGUUAUGUUUAAUGUAUAGUUAAGAUGAAUUUGUGAUACUGAUUUAAAUGCACUGUUCCCAGAUUGCACUGCUCUGCUGCCUGCUGUUGUCGCUGGGAUGACCUUAUAAUAGGUCAGGCUUGCGUGACACUGCUGUGUUUUUACUCUUCCUGUGGCCUUUUGUGUCUUUGUGCACGUGCAAGUUCCUUUUUUUUUAAAGGUGAUUCCUCUCUUCUGUAAACAGGAUUGUUUUGGAUUCUCUGAAUAAUGAGAAAACCAGUGAUUUCACCCAGCGCAGAGCAAUGUUGACCAUUGACCCUUCACCUAGAACAAUACAGAUCUCAGUCAUUUUAAGUUCGGAGGUUUAUAGAAGAGACAAAGGUCAGAGGUUGUACAGUAUUUAGGCCAGAAUAUGAGAAGAUGCUCAUUGGUGAGCGUUGCUUUCUGGACAAGUUGUGCUAGUUCCUUUACUGCAUGACUCUUUCUGAGUGAUUCCAUAGUAAAUCUGUGUUUGUGGAUGGAAGUAGGUAGACUGUAGCAUUUUUUUUUCCUCUCAGGCUUAUGUGCUAGUAAUCUGUAAUGUUUAUGACCAAAUAAGAGUACUUUCUGUAGCUAUAAAUCCUUUAUGUAGGUAAUUGUUCCCAUCAUCAGCCCCAAACUGAAUCUGCAGACUUCCAAAAAAAUUAUUCGCAAAGCUCUAUGCAUUCUUUCUUGUUAAUGUUUUGUAACAAUUUUUAAUAUAAUUUGAUAAUGAUUCAGCUACUAAAAGGUAGUGCUCUCAGGUCGGUUUAACUCGUAUUACUAUGUCUAAAUUCAAAAACUCCCCUAUAAUCUGCACCAAAUGCAGAAAAAGGCAGCAGAAUCCAUGUGGUCCCGUCAUGACCUAGAUUGAGCUCCUGAGAAACUGGUCCAGUGGUGAGGUUCUCAUUUAAAAGUGCUUUAUUUCCUUUGAUUUGGCUUUCUCUGCUUUUAUGGGAAAAACAUAGCUUAUUCUGAAUAAACAGAUCUGAUUUAGAUACCACACAGUGCCUUUUAUGUAAAUCUCUGCUAUAUUUGAUAAGCACAGACAGUUAUUCACAUCUGUUCUGUUUUCCAAUUCUUCCUUCUUUCAUCUGAACAUAGCAUGUGACAAAUAAAGUGGGAUAUUCUACAUUAAAAUGACAGAUUGCUGCUCAGUCCAUCCUGGUUAAUACAAUAUUGUAAUUGUAAUUUUUUGUUAAUUAUACAUAAAAUAUUAAUGAAGAAAGCUUUUAAAAUAUUAUCAAAUACUAUAAUACACUAAAAAAAUACCCAUUUCAGAAAUAUUUCAACAGACACCCUCCAAUUUUCUUUUGGAUGUUUAUUUCUUUGUAAAAUCACUUUGAUUAGAAUUGUUUAAAAUGUUUAGUCUUUUUUUUUUUUCAUGGUCAUUGUUUCUAUCACUGUACCAAAUGUGUCUCAGAAGCUUUGGAUACUGUAUGUGUGUUUGUGUAAAAUGUUAUUUUUGGAGAUCUGAUGAUUCUUGUGUGAUGUUAAUCUUGGUCAUUUUGAUUUCUGAAAAUAUGGAUGACUUUGUCAUCUCUAAAUAUUGUUGGAGGCAUUCUGAAGGUUUUAAAAGCUUGAUGUGGAUAUAUUGUAAAACCUGCAGAUUUUUAGAAAUACACAAAAUUUAAAUCUCGGACUGAACGUUCAGACAAAACCUAGCGCUGACCUUCACCUAGCGUUUGAAACCGGAACAAUCGCACUCCCAACGGGGCUGAAAAUGCAAUGCACAAAUGACCAAGAAUUCAGUGUUAUAAGGAGACCUGUGGCUUAUGUUCAUAAAAUGGCUUGUUCUAGAAGCUCAGUUCAAUGCUUUUCAUAGCAGUUAUCUGAUGAUCUUUAUUGAUUGCGUUUGAAUAAUAUGCUCAAAAGCAAAAAGGCUAUUACUUUUGUCUGUUUUUGAAGAAAAAAAUAAAUAAAGAAAAUGCAUUUUACUAA